AUGGGUGCUGCAUACAAAGUAUUUGGGAAGACGGUUCAACCUCACGUAUUGGCUAUAUCUACGUUUAUCGCUACUGCUGCAGUGGCAUCUUACUUUACCACGAAACCAAAAACCAAAAAUGAAGGCAAGAAUAGUUCUGCCUUGAGCCAACAAAAAAGCGGUGAAAGUUCAAACUCAGAUGCUAUGGGAAAGGACGAUGAUGUCGUAAAGAGUAUUGAAGGAUUUUUAAAUGAUUUAGAGAAAGAUACGAGGCAGGAUACGAAAGCCAACUGA